ACUGUGAUUGAUUGGUGGUCCAGUAAAGCUCUGGAGUGUUGUUGAAAUGUCACUCAUUGGGGUCACUCAUGAAGGAAGGAAUAAUUUUGAGAGUGAAGAAAGGUGGUUGUGAAAGCACUUACUGAAAUCUUGUUGGUGACAUUGAAUGAUUUUUGUUACGGGAAAAUGGAAUCAGGAAGCUUAUUAUCUGAUCUGAUAUAGGAAGGGUUCUCAUAAACAACCACAAGUUUGGGCAGACUUGCUUCAUCGCAAUCGGCGCCUCACAAUCAUGAUCAAAUGAAGCAGACUUAGAGCAAUGGCGGAUAACUAAGGAUGUUACAGUACUCCCUAGUCCCUGGCAAUCAACAUCUCAAGGGAGUCCUCGGAGCAGGGGAGAACCUAAACGUACCAAAUCAUCAUAGGGGAGCCGUUGUUGCGGAUCAUACACACGAAUUCCUUCUCCUCGUCGCUGCAGCCCUCUCUCGUCAUGCUGAAUUCGUAAAGGAUCCACUUCUUCAUGCGCUCGAUGGCGAAUUGGGGAUUAGGGUUUCUGUAUCUGAACCUCUUCCGCGUCCCGAUCCAGCUCUCUUCCUUCUCCAGCGACGACCGCUCGCGGCGGACGAGCCUGAAUUUGUUCCCGACGUCCUCGCCGUGCCAGUUCCCGCCGCCCCGCCCGACCUUCCGGCCAGAUCUCUUGCUCUCGCCGCCGCAGGACUUCACCUUCUUCUUCCGCUAGGUGAAGGCGUAGACGUCGCCGGGCUCCUCGCCCGAGGACUGGAGGCGCUGCCAGAUCUCCCACGGCUCGUAGUCGCCGUAGAGGUCGUGGCGGCGGAUCGCCGAGUAGUGAGCCGGCGGCAGCGGCGCAUGUGGUUGUAGAGGUAGUAACUACUAACUAGUACCCCGGCAGUUCUCCGUCCGUCGGGGAGAACUUGACGCCCGGAGGCAUCUGGGUCGCCGCCACCGAAGACGACGGCCCGCCACUUUCGCGAAUCGAAGAAAUCGACAUUCUCUGAUAUCUGUUCCCUAUUUCUUUCCUCUUCUGUUUCUUGCUUGUGCACUUUUCUCUUGCCGGAAUUGCCGUGCCAUGGCGGGAAAAGUAGUGUAAGAAAUCGGGUAGGGUCGUAGAUAUGGGCUCCCGGAGGGGAUUUUAUCUGGGCUCCAAGUCGUCCUUUGUUUUUGGGCUUGGACGAUAAGUAACAGCGGCCCAGAAAUGGAGUGUUAAGUUACAAUUAAUUAACUUGAUUAGA